AUGGAUAACGGCUCUUACGCACGCGUGUUUUUAUUCACGCUAGAGAACGGCAUGCAAGUUAUUGCCCGCAUUAUCCUCCCUGUUCGUGAAUCGGUGAAAACAGAGGCCGAGGUGGCGGCGAUGGAGCUGGUACGAGCGCGCACAUCUAUCCCUGUUCCAAAGGUUUACCUUUAUUGCAGCACACCGGAAAACCCUGUGAGAGCCGAGUGGAUUCUCAUGGAAUACAUGCCGGGUCUUUGUCUGGCCGAUGGUUUUGAACAACUCACAUAUGAACAAAAGCGCCGUACUGCUACCGAUCUGGCGAAGAUCAUGUUUUCUUUGUUUAACAUCACCUCGGCCGAGUGUGGCAGUAUCUCUCCGUACUCUGGAGACAGGAGCGAUGAAAGCCUCUGCCACAACUCCCUUCGCUAUCCGCUCUUUACCCCACUCUUUUCCCCGAGGCUCACUCCUACUACCCUCAAAGGGCAAUCUGUCAUGGUCGGUCCCAUCAAUGACAUAACCUUUCUCGACUACCCCCGCCAGGUCGAUCCCCAGCGGUGUGGACCCUUCAACUCCGAACGCAGUGUUAUGGAAGCCUUCGCCUUCCUGGGCACGCCUCCAACACGGCCCGGUGGGAAACUCAGCUGUUGGGUGUUCGAAAAGACCCUCGAAGUCUACGACGUUGUCAAACAAUUUUACAACAAUUCCCAACAGUCAGAGGUGUCUUCCUCCAACCACGACCGGUUCCACUUUGCGCACGGCGAUCUGAGCAGCUUCAAUAUCCUCAUUGAUCCUUCCACCGGCGCAGUCACAGGUAUCAUUGACUGGGAGAUGGCAGGGUUCCGCCCAGCCUGGCUGGCUGCCGUCGGUGGCGGGUGGUUCGAUGACGACUCUGAGCGUUUCCUCAUGUCCGAUUUCCAAAACUCGCGUGGGAACCAUGCCGAUGAGACGCCAGCCGACGCUGUGCUUCGCGCACACUUCCGGCUCCGCUUGGCAACAUUGGACGCGCAGCUCUUUCGCCACCACCUGCAGGGAAUAGAGCUCAGAGCGCUCCUCUACGCGUGCUGCAAUGAGUUCGAUGGGAACACUGAGAUGUGGUUGGAGAAAUAUAAGGAUCAAGAGUGGGUGGUGGCGAGGAGGGGGGAUUUUCCGUUUGAUUUUAUAGAGUGGCUUCACGAGCGGUUCGACCUGGAGGAUAGGUGUGUAUUUCCCACAGCUUUCAGCUCCUUUCUCACAAGUAAGGGAAACUGUGUGGCCCAAUAG